UCCAAUCGCUAUAUAAACGGAGGUACAAUCUGGGAAAUGUUGCUUGUAACUAAAGUUGUGCUCUAGUAAAGUGUUGAGAUCAAUCAGUGAAACUUUAAAUUGAAAUUAUGGUGCAGUUUAAACUAACGAUUGUUGCAUUGAUAAUUGGUGUGCUUCAGGUUUGCACAGCCAAUCCCAUUUCUACUGAAGAAGAAAGCGAUGUGACGAAGCUAUUCUCAGCCGAUGAAUUACAGCUUGCAAACGAUGCUAGAUUACCAAUUCCACGCUUAGUUGAAGGAAAAUUAGACUUUGGUCUCACAUUCGAAGAAAUGAUAAAAUUACAUAACUUGCGAAACAGUAUGAAAGCACCGAAGACGGCCUUCCCUGAAGAUAUGUAUGGUUAUUGUCAAAUAUUGGUUCCUGAUCUAAAAAUGCCAGCAAGUUUUACAAGCGCUCAGGAAGCACACUUCCCGAAUUUAAUUGCAGUCACAAACCGUUUGCAAGACAGACGCGAUCAUAUUAGCUAUAUCCGAGCGUCAGUUUGCAGUUAUUUAGGUCAACCGGAUAAGUUUGAUACGGAGGCUAAUUCGUUCGGUUUACCAUUGGUUCCUUACAUGCAAAUGCGUUUCAUGACAAUGAAAGCUGAAAAAGCUAAAGGCACUGAUCGUGUUAAAGUUGUUAAACAAAUGUGCUGCCUAAAUAAACACCGAGAUGAGGCUGUUAUGUUGGAUAAAUCAGCAUUCACUGGCUUACCCGAUGGAGAAAUGAAGGAUUUUGACGAACAUUGGAAUCAAUACGAAACUGCAAAUACAUUGAAAUCAUUCGAAAACAUCUGCGAACUUCUAUAUACCAAAGAUCAGGCUAACAUCGAAUGCGUAGUAGCUAUGCCAAUACCAACUAAUGCAUGAAUAGGUUGAUUUGUAUUUAAUACUGGCACAUAAUUUGGAAUAAAUAAAUCGAAAUAAUUGUCGCAAUGAAAA